AUGUGGACAGCCCUCCUCUUCAAAGGAUCUCUGCAAGGAGAGUACCAGAGGAGACUUUACAAGGAGUUGCUUGCUAACUACAACCGACUGGAGAGACCAGUGGUCAAUGACUCAGCUGCCAUCCUGGUGGAGCUGGGCUUCACUCUUCUGCAAAUAAUAGAUGUGGAUGAAAAGAACCAAGUGUUGAUGACCAACGCCUGGCUGCAGCUGUACUGGACUGAUAUCUACCUGAGCUGGAACCCAGAAAACUACCCUGGUGUCCAGAACCUUCGAUUCCCUUCAGACCAGAUCUGGACUCCUGACAUCCUUCUUUACAACAGUGCGGAUGACCGCUUCGAUGCCACUUUCCACACCAAUGUUCUAGUGAAUGCUUCGGGUUACUGCCAGUACAUCCCACCCGGCAUCUUGAAGAGCACUUGCUACAUUGACGUGCGCUGGUUCCCCUUUGAUGUCCAGAAGUGUGACUUGAAGUUUGGCUCCUGGACACACAAUGGCUGGCUGCUGGAUCUUCAGAUGCUGGAUGUGGACACAUCCACCUACAUACCCAAUGGCGAGUGGGAUCUUGUGGGUGUCCCAGUCAAGCGGAAUGAACUAUACUACGACUGUUGCAAGGAGCCCUACCCUGAUGUGACCUUCACAGUCACCAUGCGCCGCAGAACGCUUUAUUACGGCCUCAAUUUGCUCAUUCCCUGCGUGCUCAUUUCUGGCUUGGCUCUUUUGGUCUUCCUGCUGCCUGCUGACUCAGGAGAAAAGAUCUCUCUAGGAAUCACCGUGCUGCUUUCGCUAACUGUUUUCAUGCUUCUGGUAGCUGAGAUCAUGCCGGCCACCUCUGACUCAGUUCCCCUCAUCGCUCAAUACUUUGCCAGCACCAUGAUGAUAGUUGGAAUGUCAGUGGUGGUGACUGUGAUCGUCCUGCAAUUCCAUCACCAUGACCCUCAGGGAGGCAAGAUGCCCAAGUGGGUUCGGGUGGUCCUGUUGAACUGGUGUGCUUGGUUUCUGCGGAUGAAGCAACCUGGCGAUGAGCGCAGGCGUCCUGGCUACAAGCACCGCCAUACUACCCAGCACCAUUCCAGCAGCAACUCUCUCGAAAUGGGCGCCGUUCCAAGUCUCUCCAUUCCUCUCUCCCAAACGUCCUGCCCACCAUGCACCUCAGGCACCUCCAACGGUUCAAUGAGCCUCUACUUUGGCAGCUACCAUCCAAAUGAGACUCCACACUGCCCACCGUCCAGCGACUCUGGUGUAGCACUGGGGGGCCAUGCUCACUGCUCCCCUGGUGAAGAGGCUGAGCCCCCCAGUGUUCUGGGAAUGGGUGCGGGGAUGGGAGUCAGGAUCCCACCACCAGAGAUUCAGCGCAUCUUGGAGGAGGUGACCUACAUAGCCCAGCGCUUCCGUAAUCAGGAUGAGGCUGAGGCCAUUAGCAGUGAGUGGAAGUUUGCAGCAGCAGUGGUGGACCGUCUGUGCCUGGUGGCCUUCUCGCUCUUCUCCAUCAUUUGUACCUUCACCAUCCUCAUGUCAGCACCCAAUUUCAUAGAGGCUGUCUCCAAGGACUUCACAUAGCUGGAUGCAGGAGAAAAAAAGUAUUUAUCACUUUGUGGGCCAUAAUUCUUAUUGUAUUUUUCUUAUGUAAAUAUAGAUGUUUUAAGUCUCAGCUACCGCUAACUUCUAUGUGCAAACACACACAUGUUGUCCAUUUGAGCUCACUUGCCAAAUUAUGAUCUUGAUUAUCAUCUUAACACCUUUUCCACCAUUAACAUUACCUAUAAUUUUGCCCAAGGGGGGAGGGGAGGGGUGCUUUUUCAAACAACUGAAUCUGUACUGUAUUAAACUCUCUUGGGGUUACUUUAGUGCAAAAAAAAUGCUUUAUAUCAACUGGUUGGAAUGGACCAAUAAUACAGAUUCAAUUUUGUCAUUCAAAUGUAUUUUAUUGUAGUUUAAGUUUUUGUCCUUAGCUAUUUGCUUGGAAACUCCAGCGGUAAGCUACAUAAAGUUCGAAGUUGCUAUAGUGACCUUGGACGGUCGGUUACUAUCUCACAAUAAUCUUGUACAAUUUGUAAGAUAUGUAAUGCACUAGAAUAUAGAAUAUUUGGAGGGAUUUAAUAAACCUUAAGCCUAUCCUCACAACACUAACUGCUUAAAAAUUAGGGACUAAAAUAGCAUGUUGGCCAUGCAAGAGUGUGGGUGUGUUGCUUUGUAAUAAAGAUGGAUACAGAGGCAGUUGCAAUGCUUGCUUUUCUGCAAAUUAGUCAAGUUCAAAUUGAAUAAAGUAUUUGGGCUUCCAUACAAUAUUCUAACGUAAGUCUUCUGACGUGUCUCCGUCAAAUAAGGAAAAUUACUAAAGGCCCCAAGUCUCAUGAUGUUUCUCCCUCAAAUAAAGAUUAUUGGUAAAGGAGUGAGAAUUUAAGAAAAAAAAUCUAAAUCACGUUACAUAACUGCAAAAUAGUGUACCAUCAUCGUAGCUCUAUGUCAAUAUAGGUUCUGUGUAUGUUCAUAGAAGAGAGUCGAGUGGCUCCUGCUGUACAUGACAGGUGAAUUUAGUUUUCAUCUUUGUUGUGCUGAUUGUCGUUUACAUGUCCUUUGAAGUGUAAAAUGUCAC